AUGGGGGUGAUAACCGGCCGAGAGGAGCCCAAAAGAUCGAUUGGCUCUGUAUGUGCUCCAACAUGGGAUUUCAUCUGUUACAUCGAAAAUUUCUGUGUUGCUCAGUUGCUCAAAUUUGUUAUGGUGGCAAUGUUGGUGUAUUUCGUGCUCUUAUUCUUAUACCUAUUGUACAAUCUUGGAAUCUGCCAAUGCAUUUGCCGCACGCUCUUUAGAAUAACGUGGGCUUGUUUUUCCACUUGUUUCUCCUCGUUCGAUUUUUGCUGCUCGUAUUUAUGUUACAAGUUACGAACGAUAAGGAGAUUGCGUAAAAGGAGAAGGAGAAAGAAGGACAUUGAAGAAUUUGAUGGACAAACGAGCCCAUAUAUCUCUAGUGAGGAUGAUGAGUACGAAUUAGAAGAUAAGUCUAUUGAUAGUUAUUUUGAUCACAGAGGAUCACGUUUUAGUCGAAGGAGAAAUUAUAAAGUCGAGCAUUUGAGGAAGUCUUUAAGGCCGACCAACCAUCGAGCACGAGUGGAGCUUUCGGGUCACUUGCACGGGAAAAGGGCUUUGAAGAAUAGUAUCGAAUUUCGUCAUAAUUUGCUACACGAUCAUAUUCGUGUGAACAGAAGUUCGAAAUUCUCGCAAAAGGGUUCCAAGGGUAAAAAUGGGAUUCUUCGUCACAGGAGGAGAUAAGAGUUUUUAGGUGAAUGUAAGAGUAAAUUUUUUAGUAUUUUUUGUUAGUAUGUUAGAUUUGAAAUUGUGAACUUUCUACUGUUAGAUAUGUAUAUUUUUAAGUGACUUCAUGGUCUAUUGAAGAUCAGUAUUAGAUGAUUACUCCUCAAAUUGGCAGCA